AUGUUUUUAGGGGCGGGUGAAGACCUGGAAACCGAAGGCGCAUCAGAUCUUGAAGGCGCUUUCUUAGAACUGGAGUAUCCGGACAUGCCCACCGUCUUCAACAAGUGUCGUCCGCCAUGUAGAAGGCAGACAAAGGAUAUGCUGGACGGGCUUGAUGACGACGCUGAAGAUGACGAUGAUGAUGACGCGGUGUCAGCAGUCACAGACGACGCUGACGAAGAGGAAGAGCUCUUUUCUGAUGCGCUGGAUUCAGACGAAAGCCUCGGCAAGACUAGUUUCAUGCACCAGGACGAUCGCGUCCACCCAGGCGUAACCGAUGACGAUGGCAUCUGGAACACCGACAGUCCUACGGGAGGCGAUAUGCUCCCAAUCGAAUAUACGCUUGAAAAGUACAAGGAUACUACCAGCUCGGCACGAAAGACGGAGGAAGCUGGUUCACCAGCUUUGACCCAAGCCAUUAGUCAAGUGGACAACAGUUUGGACAAGCACAAUGCCAUGCCCUUCUCUGUUUCACAGGAUGAAUCAGAAUCACCGACAUCACAGAUGCAUCCGCCUUCAGGCCUGUCGAGUGCACCAUCGUCUGCACACCAGGCAGACAAUAGCCAAGCUUCCCCUCCUCCUAUACCGACAGAAGAAUCGCCCGCAGCAGGAACUGGGGGAAAGCGGAGCACCUCCGCAGCCUUCACAGGGAGGAAGCUCUGGAAGCAGACGAGAACUGGCGGAGAACGAUGA